CGACCCUCUUUGUUAAUGGCAGGCAUUCCCUGUGUCCUGUCAGGCUGCUCCAGGCCCCCGCCUAGCUCCCCGUCCCUAGCCUCUCGCCCAGGAUCUCCCCACAGCUCCAGCCCUCUGCCCAGCCCAUUGGAGGCCCUGUGGCCCUGUCCCCGCACUGCCCCCUCUGUCAGUAAUCAAACAUUCUCUUCUCACCAUCACUAUCCCUGCAGCUGUCCAAAUACAGUGAGAAGAAAAUGUUCUCUUUCCGGAACAGCUGGACUGACAGGCCGGGAAGGCCAGGUGGCCCGAGGCAGCCGGGAUGACAGCUCUCCCCAGGAACCCUGCUACCCGCUGAGAAACAUGAUCAGCAAGUCCCGCUGGAAGCUCCUGGCCAUGCUGGCUCUGGUCCUGGUCGUCAUGGUGUGGUAUUCUAUCUCCCGGGAAGACAGUUUUUAUUUUCCCAUCCCAGAGAAGAAGGAGCCGUGCUUCCAGGGAGAAGUGGAGAGGAAGGCCUCUAAGCUGUUCGGCAACUACUCCCGAGAUCAGCCCAUCUUCCUGCAGCUGAAGGAUUAUUUCUGGGUCAAGACACCGUCUGCCUAUGAGCUGCCCUACGGGACCAAGGGGAGUGAAGACCUGCUCCUCCGGGUUCUAGCCAUCACCAGCUACUCCAUCCCAGAGAGCAUCCAGAGUCUCAAGUGUCGCCGCUGCGUGGUGGUGGGGAACGGGCACCGGCUUCGCAACAGCUCGCUGGGGGACGCCAUCAACAAGUACGACGUGGUCAUCAGAUUGAACAAUGCCCCAGUGGCUGGCUACGAGGGCGACGUGGGCUCCAAGACCACCAUGCGUCUCUUCUACCCGGAGUCCGCCCACUUCAACCCCAAAGUGGAGAACAAUCCAGACACGCUCCUCGUCCUGGUAGCUUUCAAGGCAAUGGACUUCCACUGGAUUGAGACCAUCCUGAGUGACAAGAAGAGGGUGCGAAAGGGCUUCUGGAAGCAGCCUCCCCUCAUCUGGGACGUCAACCCCAGGCAGGUUCGGAUUCUCAACCCUUUCUUCAUGGAGAUUGCAGCGGACAAGCUGCUGAGCCUGCCCAUGCAGCAGCCGCACAAGAUUAAGCAGAAGCCCACCACCGGCUUGCUGGCCAUCACGCUGGCACUCCACCUCUGCGACCUGGUGCAUAUCGCCGGCUUUGGCUACCCAGAUGCCCACAACAGGAAGCAGACCAUUCACUACUAUGAACAGAUCACACUCAAGUCCAUGGUGGGGUCAGGCCACAAUGUCUCCCAGGAGGCCCUGGCCAUCAAGCGGAUGCUGGAGAUCGGAGCAGUCAAGAACCUCACGUUCUUCUGACUGGGGCGGAAGCUGUAUCCACCCGUCUGCCCGCUCUGCCGCCUGAACGACCCCAUCCGUGGCUGUGGGGGUGCCUGGUGACCUGCUUGGACUCCCCCUCCCCUGUGUGGAGAGGGGUCCUGGUACUGGCCGGGCCUGAGACAGGGCCGUGCCCCUGGCUGCUCUCAAGGCAGCUGGAUCUGGUCAGGAUGGAGGCCCCGGGGUGGCUGGAGGCCAUCCGAGGCACGGGCUUUGUGCCAUGGUGCCCCAUCUCCACCAGUGCCGGGGGCUUAUUUAAUGGGCUAUUUAAUUAAAGGGUAGGAAUGUGCUACGGGCUGGUCCCAUGGCGUCGAAAAAGGGGCAAAAUACAGUGUUCUGCCCACUUUUGAUAAAAACACAAAAGUGCAGGGCCUACUAAAGCCUAGCCCCAGAGUAGGCCUCCCAGGAGGGCAGGGACGUCUGGAGCGGGUGGGUGCCCUUCGGAGAGGGGCUGCUAUCUCCCAGCAGGCAUGGGAAAAGCACUGGGAUGGGGGUCCCACAGAGAAUGGGCCCUCAUCUAGAAAAGAGGUUUGAAACCUAACAUUAAACUAUUUUUCCUAAAAUGGGAGCAGUUGUGACACCCUGUGUCCUUCAGGUUGGGGAGGACAUGGAUGGGGGCAAGUGGGUCAUGGCAGGGGGCACCCUCUCCUAGCACUAGACAGGCUUGUUAAAGACCAGCAGUGUCUCUGGGACCCUGUGGGACCAGAGGAGGCCACGGUCAUUCAAGAAACAAUUACUGGGUACAGUGCUUGGUGCCAAGUCAUUCAUUGUCACCCUGGUGAAGCAGGCAAGCAGGUGACACCCAGAGUGGGCUGUCUGCUGGACACCCAGCCUGGCAUUCUUCAUCCUGGUUUACAUCCUAAAGGUAGGGAGAGGCAGGAGGAUGCCAGAUGGGAGUGGCGGAAACCCAUCCUCCUCUCUCUGCUCCCUCUCUCUCCCCCUCCAGGCCUUCCUUUCUGAAACCUCAUGCUGGGAGGUGUGUGUUUGAGGACAGGGGUGGAGUAAGACAAAGGAAGCCAAGUUUCCUUUCUCAGAUUAAGUGGGAAUCAUAAAAUGGAGUUUACAGAAGGUCCUGCCCAGUGGCCCAGGCUGUCAGGAUUGGGAUGGGCAGGGUUUGGGCCAUGUCUGAGGGAUUUGGCAAGGCCUGUCCCGCCGGUUGCCGGGCCAGGGGACAAAUGCUGUUUUCCUUGGGUUUCUAGAAUUAGGAGAGCCCUGCCAUUUGCCUGUAUCUCCCUGCUUUGUUCUCCAUCUUCCCAGGCCCUGCUUAGCUGCCAACUGGGCAUCUUUCCACCCCCACAGCUGUUCCUUUACAUCUGGAGCCAGGAGGGAGAGCUGGAACUCCCCUACAGGGAAUGGGACUCACAGCUGUGUUCCUGGCUUUCUCGGAAAGAGUUGCAGCCUUGAGGUUUUGAGACAGCGAGACUGGGACAGGACAGAUAAAGAGGGGCAGAGAUCUGGGAGAAGCAGGGGAAGAUGACCCACUUCUGGGCCGAACGUUGGAGGAGCCUUGC